GGUAGAACUGCACUUACGGCAUUAAUAUGAUCGACGUAGUAAAUCUUCCGUUGUUCGGUGUUCUUUCCUCAUCUUAAGAUGGCUGAUCAGAAUGAACGUGCGUUUCAAAAACAACCCACGAUCUUCCUUAAUCGUAAGAAAGGUCUGGGACCAAAGAGGAGGAAGCCCAUGAGAUACAGUCGCAAUAUUGGUCUUGGUUUUAAGACUCCACGUGAGGCCAUUGAAGGUACAUACAUCGAUAAGAAGUGCCCAUUUACCGGAAAUGUUUCAAUCAGAGGACGCAUUCUUACCGGUGUUGUUCAAAAAAUGAAAAUGCAGAGAACUAUUGUUAUUCGAAGGGAUUAUCUUCAUUAUAUUAGAAAAUAUAACAGAUUCGAAAAACGCCAUCGUAAUAUGAGCGUACAUCUAAGUCCAUGCUUCAGAGAUGUCGAAAUUGGUGAUGUAGUUACUAUUGGAGAAUGCAGACCUCUGAGCAAGACAGUAAGAUUUAAUGUUUUGAAAGUUUCAAAAGGAACCGGUUCCAAGAAAAGCUUCAAGAAAUUUUAAUAGUCAGUUUAUUAAAAUGAAGUUAUGCAACAGAAGAAGGAACUGACGCAGAAAUAUCAACAAUUCUACAUUUUGGAAAUUAUGGUAUAUAUCUAUAUCAAUUAUCAUCUUGAUGUAUAAUUGAAAAUAAUAAACAAGUUUGUAUUUAAACACUUUUAA